AUGAGACUGACGGUCACGUGCGGUCGGGGUUAGCAACGCCCGUGUUUACCACGGCCCGCGACAGAGCUCCACCGGACAAACAAACAAUGGCCGACCCCUACAGUUUGAAGAGCGCGUCAACCUACCUGAACAACCUGCUGCUCGCCCGGGGCCUCCUCCGCAAUGGCAAGCCAGUUGAAUUUGCUCACCCGUCCAAGGGAGAGGGCGGCAAGGAAGCAACAAUGGCACAGAUCAUCAACGUUGUCCACGACUUGAUUCUACGCCGAGAUCGCGAUCAGGAACAGCGCGAUUCCCUAUCACAAACACUUCGCUCCGUCCGUGCGGAUUCCCAACGUACCACCCUCGCCCUUGAGCGCCUCCAAGCGCGCAACGACGAUCUCUCGCGCCAGCUUUCCCUCGCCCAGUCCUCGGAACGCGCCGCUAAAAAUGCCCUUUCUGCUGCCGAACGCUCUGCGCGCUCACUCCGGGAAGAGAUGCUCCGCCUCAAAGCUACCGUCCAUCAGGUACGCACCGCCUGCGCAAACGAUGUCCGCAAACGCGAUAUACAAAUCCAACGUUUGAAGACGCAUCUCACAGCGCAGCAAAGAGGUAACAAGACCGGGCUAGUGGGUGCAAGCAUCACGAUUGCCCCCGGUUCAAGUAAUGGGCCAGCUAGUAUGGGUCGAGAAGGAGACAUGUCUGGUGUGGAUGAUCCGGAGUAUAAUUUGAAGCAAGAAACAACUGAGUUCCUUACGCAGCUCAGCCAGGGCCUGAGUGAUGAGAAUGACAAUUUGAUCGGCUUGGUCCGGAGCACUUUGUCAACACUAAAGGAACUACAAGGGCUACCGGAGAAUGUUGAAAGAAUACGCGAGGCUGGCCAGGAACAGGUAGAAGGCGAGGAGACGGAGGAAGGCAUGAUGCAUGCAUUGCCCACAUCCUACGAUUUGCUGGCUGCGGACAUGGAUCACGUGUUAGAGAAUUUGAGGACGUUGCUGACGAACCCCAACUUCGUCUCAAUCCAUGAGGUGGAGCUUAGAGAAGAAGAGAUAAUAAGGCUAAGAGAGGGUUGGGAAAGAAUGGAAGCAAGGUGGAGAGAAGCGGUAAUGCUGAUGCAAAGCUGGAAACAGCGUAUGGUUGAUGGCGGCGACACAGUCAAUCUUGAUGAGCUCAGGAAAGGUCUGGGCCUAGGCGAUGGCCUUGGUACUCUGGCCGAGGAGGGUGACGAGGAUGAAGAAGAAGAAGAAGAAGAAGAAGAAGAAGAGAUGGGAAAUGAAAUGGAGGAUGUCGAAGAGGCUACGGAAGAGGAACCCAGCGACCUCGACGAGCCGGCAUUGCCAUCACCGGAGAAACCUAUACCGGAAGACAAGAAAACGGACAUCUUUGACAUCAAGUUACGCCCCUGUCCUCCAGCCUUGAAGGAGUCCGACCCGAACUCCAGGUCACCGCGCAAAACCGAGUUCACGCAUUCCAUUGCGGACUCUUCAGUCAAUACAACCACCACAAAUACGCCCUCGCAGCUUCGUGACGAGAACGAGUCUGAGGUCGACCUUCUCGCUCCACCAUCUAAGGCCAAGGCCGCCUCCACCUCUAAACGAUCUUCCGCCAUCAAUCCAUCAUCUGAGCGUAUAAGGAGAUCGACUCGGUCCACCCGGUCUACUGCCCAUGAGUCCGGCAUCCCACGAAGCUCUCGCAAACGCCGCUCAAGCCCAUUACCCCACGAAGACGAACGCAGCCCGAAAUUGACCGUGCAGGAGAAACUAGGCGCCGCGGCUGCGGAAGCUGAUGCGGCGGCUUUGGCGGCAAAGUUGGGCAGUGCAAAGAAGGAAGAGACAGCAGAGGAAACUCAGAAGGGGAGAAUGCCUAGGAAGAGUGGCGUUAGAGGUAAAGCAAAACGGAGAAAGAGCACGUUGAGUCCCGAGGAGUUGGAGGAAUUAAUGGGGCUCGCAGAGUGAUGUGGAUGAAGUUGGUCGAUUCGUCUGGUACCUCUAUCAAGAGGGUGUUGGUACUAUUUGAAUACCUAAUGAAUGAGCAUGCCCGUGUCACGGAGCGUGGAGCAUGGCCU